CCUCGACACCUCCUGACAGUAGAGAUGGGAUAAAGAAGUGCCGGUGAUGUCUGGACUGUUAAACGGGAACUGCAAAUUAGCUUGACUAAUGCCUGGAAAUUUCAAAUCUGGGCUUUUAUCUGCCUUCAGAAAUUGCAUUUACUUCACUUCGUAUUGUAGCUCAAAUUCGUGAACAAUCAGAGGAACCCUACAUGAGAGCUAGCGUGCUAGCUAUCCGCCACAUUAGCUUUAAAAGCACGGCUAGGGCAGAGCAGAGGAGAGGAGUCACACCCAGACAGUCAGGAUGAACCACCACCACCACCACCACCGCCGCUGCUGCUGCUGCUGCUAACACCGUCACCCAGAGCCAGCGCCUUUAUUCUUCAUAAAAAACCCGGUUACUCCAGACACACGUACAGUUAGUUUGCUACGAGUGCAAAAAAACUUUCUUGUUUCUCUAAAGAAGCCAUGAAACACCAGGGUCAGGAUAGUUUGCGGGGAGACAGAUAACAUUAGCUGGUGUUUUAGCUAGCGCGCUAAGUGUUCGGUGUGUGUGUGUAACAGUGUAAAGCCGGACAGAACACCGUUACUCUUAGUCUACUGUGUGUGUGUGUGUGUGUGUGUUAUAGCAGGCGGUUAUGAGCAACCCUACACUCAUGUACACGUUUGUUUUAAGAGAUGACAACAGCAGCGUGUAUGCUGAAGUCUCCAAAAUCCUCAUCUCUACUGGAAAAUGGAAGCGACUGAAAAAGGACAAUCCGCGAUUUAACUUGAUGCUUGGAGAGCGAAACCGCCUUCCCUUUGGACGCCUAGGCCAUGAACCAGGACUGAUGCAGUUAGUCAACUAUUAUAGAGGAGCAGACAAGCUGUGUCGCAAAGCAUCUCUGGUCAAGUUAAUAAAGACUAGCCCAGAGCUGAAAGACUCCUGUAACUGGUUCCCUGAGUCAUACAUCAUUUAUCCAACCAACCUCAACACUCCUGUGGCUCCGGCUACCAAUGGCAUCAGCCAUCUGAAGAACAACCCAAAGACAGAUGAGCGUGAGGUCUUUCUUGCCUCCUAUAACACCAAAAAGGAAAACGGGGAGGGAACAGUUUGGAUUGCUAAAUCAUCUGCUGGAGCAAAAGGGGCUGGAAUCUUGAUAUCUCAGGAUGCAAACAAGUUGCUCGAGUUCAUUGAUAAUCAGGGACAAGUUCAUGUCAUUCAGAAGUAUCUGGAGCGACCACUGCUGUUGGAACCAGGUCAUCGCAAAUUUGAUAUAAGGAGCUGGGUGCUUGUGGACCAUCAGUACAACAUCUACCUGUACCGCGAGGGAGUGCUGAGGACGUCCUCAGAGCCAUACAACAGCUCAGACCUGCAGGACAUGACCAGCCACCUGACCAAUCACUGCAUCCAGAAGGAACACUCGCAGAACUACGGCCGCUACGAAGAGGGCAAUGAGAUGUUCUUCGACGAGUUCAGACACUACCUGCUGAAUGUUCACAACGUUUCCAUGGAGACAUCCAUCUUACCUCAGAUUAAGCAGAUAAUAAGGAGCUGCCUCAUGUGUAUUGAGCCAGCGAUCAGCACUAAGCACCUGUCCUACCAGAGCUUCCAGCUUUUCGGUUUUGACUUUAUGCUGGAUGAGAGCUUUAAAGUGUGGCUGAUUGAGAUCAACGGAGCACCUGCAUGUGCACAGAAGCUCUACCCGGAGCUGUGCCAAGGCAUCGUGGACGUAGCCAUUUCCACUGUCUUCUCACUAAAUGCAGACGCUAUGUCCUCCUCCCCACCAUUCUCCACCUCUCCUUCUCUCUCCACCAGCUCCUGCUCUUCACCCAAACUCAGAGCACCACAACACUUUGGCCCAUUCAUCAAACUGUAAGCACGAUACUGUGUUCCUGAGGAACCCCUCCCAGCUAAAACUCUUCAUGCAACUAGUUCUCUUAAAAAUCCACCUAUAUACUUUUCUUUCUGUCUGUUAUCUUUGAAAAAAGUAAGGAGUAAACCAGGGAAGUUUAGGACUGGAGCAGUUAAUGAGAUUGAAAUCAUAAAGAAGUCUGUGGCAUAGACACAUGCUCAACAUGUGUUUCUCCUCACAUCUCUAGCAUGAUUUCAGCUUUUUUUGCGCUAGAGGUGGGCUGUUUCAGCUGUUUCAUCACAAGAAUAUACUAGAUACUACAAGGGUAGUCUCAGCAGUUUCUGUAAGAUUCCUCUGGGCACCUUGAUAUAAAGUAGGAAGUUUAUGGAAUUUAAUUCCUGUGACUUUAGUGCCUUACAUUUCCAUAGACACAUUACCCAUAAAACCCCAAGCAGGAUGUUUUGAAACACCAUGCAAUGUAUACGUACUGAAAGUUCAGUCCUAAAUCAGUUGCAGUUUCUGCUAUGGGCUUUAAAGAGAGGUAAAUUUAGCCUCAGUUGCAGUUAUUCAGUAAUUUUUUUAAGUCACUGUACAUCCUAUUAGAAAUCAAAAGCAUCUUAUUGCUCCUAUAGUAUGUGCUAUAGGUUUGGCACUGUACAUUAAUCUCUCUGUAGGUUCAGAAAGUGUUAUUUAUGGUGAGACAAGACAUGUCAGCAAAGCAUUGAUGUUUUGUAAGUUUGGUUUUGCUGUUGUGUGUGUGUGUAUAGCUGUACAUCUUAGAUAUACUUUAUCUAUCUUCAAGCAUGAUCAGAGACUGCAUUAAUAACUCCACUACAACCACUCACAUACAUACUGUUAUCUGUUUCACCACCCAAAUCUGAUUUUUCAGUACAAUGGACUUUGUAGCACAAAGUCCAGCACAGCAGGAGACUAAUUACUACUGUUUUUGUAUUUUAAAAUGGUUAUCAGUCAAUUUUUUUUUUAUUCUGCCUCCAUAGUAAUUAAGUUUUUUCCCACACAUUCAUAUCAUUUCCUAGCUCACUAAAGCUGAAUAAAAAUAUUUUAUUUGCGAAUACUGUGCAUGUUCUAUUAAAUGCAUGCAAAAUGCUAUGUUUUAUAUGAAUUAAAUAUCUUGACUGCAAUAUAUAAUCCCCUUGCCUUUGAUUAGAUCUUCAUUUUUCUUUUUCUUUUUUUUUAAGCUUUUUGAGUCUUUUUACUUCUUUCCAGUCACUUGUAUUGGCCCUCAUACUAGUGUAUUGCACUUUGACAGCCACUGUGUGUGUAUGUUGGAUGCAUCUUGGGUUUUUGUUUACAGUGAAUGGCUGUUCCUGAUUCAGAUGUGUUCAGGUGAUCAGACACAAGCCUCAGUGAACUUUAAAACAUGGUUCAGCUGCAGCAGUAUGUCGUAUGAGAGUCUUUUAUUUCAUGAGAAGGGCUUGAAGGAACCCUGUGAUGUGACCCCGGGCAUGCUGCAGUAGGAAUACUAACGUAGUGAGAGAUCCAGAAAAGCAUUUAUGAAGGGGAAAAAAAAAUUGUGUGAAAUAUAUGUAAUAAACAUUUCAUGAAGAAAAGCAAGCCUUAUGUAUGUAAACAUUUAGUUGCUACAGUCAUCAUAUUAGUGUUCUAUCACUACAUGUGUGUAAAUGUGUAAAUACUUUAUAACAGUAUUAUUUUCAGUCAUCAGUUUUUUUUAGUCCUGAUUUAGCUGAAAGAGAAAGGGUGCCUUAUUAGACGUAAUUUUGAAAUGUUCUGAAAAGACAAUACACUGAGAUUGUUGAUUUUUUUUUUUUUUUAAAUGGUCACUUUUAUUCUGUCCUGUUAUUUUUUGUAAUGUACACUUGUGGACUAGACACUUUGCAAUAGUUCUUUGACUUGAUUGUUAAUACAUAAAUAUAUAAAGCAAGAAAUAAACUUGCAGCCCACCCCAAGCUGAGCUAAAGUCUUUCAACAUUUCAUCAAUUCUAACCAAAGACAAUUGAAAUGCUUUCUGUUAUGUUAUUUUGAAUAUUUUCUGUUCUGUAAAGGUCUCUGGUAUUUGUGGAAUGUUCAGGCAUUUUUAAGCCUGAAAUGUGAAAAGUCACACAUUUCCAUUAUUUUAUUAGUCAUUUAAGAAAUUUUACAUUGGUCUGAACUGUGUUUAUCCACCUGCUUUGUAUCUUGUUCCCCUUAGUAAUGAAAAGGUUGUGUUCUGAUAUUGUGCCUCUGAGAUCAGAAUUAAAGCUGUAAACUGAUUUGUGCUCAGCAUGUAAACUCACCUUUCACCAGAAAAGGUCUUCUGGUCUUCUUACUUUCACUCCUGAAUGUUUCCUACAGUUAGCAUUAAAGGAAACCUAUUAUGUGUAUUUGAGUAAAAAGCAACACCAUACUGUGUUUAUGAUUUUUGUGGCUGUUUUCUAUUUUUGUAAUGUUUUGUGCAUGGUAUGUGUGUCAUGUCGUUGUUGGUCAUGUCAAAUAAAAUUAGUUUUUGUUUUUUAUUUUUAA